UUGUGUUUUUUUCCAGCGAGGAGGAACCACGCAUGCUGCAGAUACAGUAACCGGAUGCUUCUGGGGUUAAAAAAAACAUACAGCUGUCUUCUUGUGCCUAUUCAAGGCACUACAUUUAGAGCCAUGUCGCCCUUGGUGUUGUACUUUCCAAGCAGACUGAGAACUAAGGAGAGUUUACAGAAAGUACUGCUCGUCUGUAAUGCUUUGCACAGCGGCACAGGCAUUGAGAAUAGCGGCAGCCGAUCUUUGUCAUGGCCGAAAAGAACUCGAUUGUGGCGGCGGGGGUUCGGUGCGCUUGGUGCUACAGGGAGAGUCGCACAGAUCCCGGCGAUUUGUCAUAGUCCCCAGCACAGAACUGCUCUGCUGUGCACCAGUUCACACAGCGGUCGGGAUAUGACUAGUUCGCUCUGGGCGCUUUACAAUGAGACCAAAAAACAGACAGAAGAUGUAGUAUCGUCUGUUACAUGCAAUUUGCUGAAUCCAGAUGCCAUCUUUGCAAACAAUGAAAUGAGCCUUGAAGAUACUGAGAUCUACGGCUUCGACUAUGACUACACCUUGGCUUUCUACUCCAACCGCCUCCACACCUUGAUAUUCAACAUAGCACGAGACAUUCUUAUUGAAGAGCACAGGUACCCAGAAGGCCUUAGAGCUUAUGAAUAUAUCCCUGAUUUUGCAAUCCGGGGACUUCAUUAUGACGUACAAAAGGCUUUACUGAUGAAGAUUGAUGCCUUUCAUUACAUUCAGUUGGGAACUGUAUACAGGGGGCUGCACCCAGUUUCAGAUAAAGAAGUCAUUGCUAUGUAUGAAGGCUCACAUGUACCCUUGGAACAAAUGAGUGACUUUUAUGGCAAGAGUUCCCAUGGACACACAAUGAAACAGUUCAUGGAUAUCUUCUCCUUACCAGAAAUGACCCUGCUGUCCUGUGUCAACGAUUACUUCAUGAAACACAACAUCGACUAUGAACCUGUUCACCUCUACAAAGAUGUUAAGGAGGCCAUUGGGGACGUCCAUGUGAAGGGAAUAAUGUAUCGAGCUGUGGAAGCAGAUAUUGAAAAGUAUAUCUGCUAUGGUGAGCAGACCCAUGCUGUGCUGAGGAAGCUAGCAGAAAACAAGAAGAAGAUGUUUCUCAUUACGAACAGCCCCUUUGAUUUUGUUGACCGAGGGAUGAACUACAUUGUAGGAAAAGACUGGAGAGACCUUUUCGAUGUUGUCAUAGUGCAGGCAGACAAACCUGGGUUUUUCAACGACAAGCGCAAACCGUUUCGAAGAGUAAAUCAUAAAGGGGUGCUGCUGUGGGACAGGAUUCAUCGAUUAGAAAAAGGACAGAUUUACAAACAGGGCAAUCUGUAUGAGUUCCUGAGGCUGACAGGCUGGAGAGGUUCCAAAGUGCUUUAUUUCGGAGAUCACAUAUACAGUGAUCUAGCAGACCUGACUCUGAAACAUGGCUGGCGGACCGGGGCCAUUAUUCCCGAGCUCAGGUCAGAGAUCAAGAUCAUGAACACAAAGGAGUAUGUACACCUCAUGACCUGGCUGCAGGGACUCACCGGGCUGCUGGAGCGCAUGCAGGUGCACAGAGACGCAGAAUCCCAAAUGGUUUUGAAGCAAUGGAUCCAGGAAAGAGAAGUCAUGAGAUUGAGGACGAAGAACAUCUUUAACAAUCAGUUUGGGAGCCUCUUUAGGACGUACCACAACCCCACCUACUUCUCUCGCCGUCUCUCCAGAUUUGCCGAUAUAUAUAUGGCAUCUCUCAGCUGCCUGCUCAACUAUGACCUGCACCACACCUUCUUCCCCCGGCGCAACCCCUUGCAGCACGAGGCUUCGGUCUGGUCCGACCAGGUGUGUGCCGGGACGUCUAAAACCCCCUUCCUUACCGAAAUGACUCAGAUCAAAUAGACAAUUUAAGUGACCUAGGAAGAGGCUUCAAGGGUUUUAAUGGAACCUUUUAAAAGGAGAUUCUAUAAAUAGAUUUCAAGGGAAGUUCAGUUCUGUCUUUUAGGUACUUAAAAAGUAAAUAAAUGACUUAUGGUUUUAAGUUGAUUAAAGAUUAAGACCAGAAAUGAGCUUUAAUUGAUUAACACUGUAAAUUGAUUACACUAUGUAACACAAUUUUUGUUUCUGGGUAGUAAGUGUUAUUUCCUAAUUGCUUAUGCCUCAAAAGUAUAGAAAAUGGCUAUUAUUCCCCACAAACUUUGCUUUUGUGACCAGACAGUGAUAUUUUGAAAUUUACCUAUUUCCAAUGAGAAAACGGGCGAAUUUGUGUCUUUUCGUUCACAUAAAGUCAGAAAAAAACAACAUAUGAAUCCAAAUUAAUUAAUGUAUUUAUACUAAAGUAAUACAAAAAUGACUACAGAAGAUUUAGAAGUGAGUAGUUUUUCGAGAUUUACGAUUAUACUGUAAAUCACUUUCACGAAUCAGCCCCCAAAUGUAGUCUCCCAUCAUGUUCUCGUUAUACUGUCCUUGGUAGCGGCAUUCAAAGUCCAGUAUAUCCUGGUGGAAGCGCUCGCCUUGCUCCUCCGAGUACGCUCCCAUGUUCUCCUUGAAUUUAUCAAGAUGAGCAUCAAGGAUAUGGACUUUGAGGGACAUCCUACAGCCCAUUGUGCCGUAGUUCUUCACCAGUCUCUCAACCAGCUCCACAUAGUUUUCGGCCUUGUGAUUGCCCAGGAAGCCCCGAACCACUGCGACAAAGCUGUUCCAAGCCGCUUUCUCCUUACUAGUGAGCUUCUCGGGGAAUUCAUUGCACUCCAGGAUCUUCUUUAACUGUGGUCCGACGAAGACACCGGCUUUGACCUUUGCCUCAGACAGCUUAGGGAAGAAGUCUUGAAGGUACUUGAAGGCUGCCGACUCCUUAUCUAGAGCUCUGACAAAUUGUUUCAUAAGGCCCAAUUUGAUGUGCAGUGGUGGCAUCAGCACCUUCCGGGGGUCCACCAGUCCAAGUUUACUCAGCACUGAAUCUAUCUGGAAUGUUCUGGAAAAUAGGUCAAUUUCAAAAUAUCACUGUCCUGGUCACAAAAGCAAAGUUUGUGGGGAAUAAUAGCCAUUUUCUAUACUUUUGAGGCAUAAGCAAUUAGGAAAUAACACUUACUACCCAGGAACCAAAAAAAAAAAAAAAUUGUUACACGGUGUUAAUCUAAUCUUAGUGUUACAGAACACCCAGCAGUGUUUACAGUAAACACUUUGCUUUAACCUUGCUGUAUCCCAUGUUGUCCAGAUCACAGCAUUUUUUACAUAAAAAAAAAAAAAAAAGUAGAAACAUAUUCCCAAUAGGUUUGAUAUUUUCUAUUCACACAUUAUGGGUAAAUCAACUAGAGAUUUUUUUUUUAAUUCAAUUUACUCAGGAAUGUUUAUCAGGAGAAAGAGGAUUAGUCUUGUAAAUAUCGGUGUAUCCAGUUCAUGCUCCCUUCUGCAAUAAUGCUGGUGCUCUGAUUGAAAUGAGUGGCAUAUUGUGGGAACAGAAAAGCAGCAUUAUUGCAGGAGAGAGUGUGAUCUGGAUACACUGCGAUCCUUAGAGAUCUUUUUUCUCCUGGUGAAUGCUACCGAAUAAAUGUUGAGAAAUGUAUUGCCCACUUGAUUUUUGACCCUGAUUUGUGAUUGGGGCAGCAAUGUGGCGUAGUGGUUAGGGCUCUGGACUCCUGACCGAAGGGUUGUGGGUUCAAUCCCAGGUGGGGGACACUGCUGCUGUACCCUUGAGCAAGGUAAUUUACCUAGAUUGCUCCAGUAAAAACCCAACUGUAUAAAUAGGUAAUUGUAUGUAAAAAAUAAUGUGUAAAAAAUAAUGUAAUUGUAUGUAAAAAUAAUGUGAUAUCUUGUAACAAUUGUAAGUCGCCCCGGAUAAGGGCGUCUGCUAAGAAAUAAGAUAAUAAUAAUUACAGAUUUGAAGAGUCAGCUAUAUGUUUAAAAAUAUAACGAUGCAGUUAUACAGACAACACGGGACACAGCGAAGGUAACAUAAUGUGUGUCUUAUAAACUUUUCAGGGUGUUCUGUAACACUUCUAUUAAAUAUAAUAAAGUAAAAUAGUACUAAAUACUACAUAGUUUAAAAAUGAUGAAUCAUUUACUGAAAUCGCUGUCUAUUAGAGCUUAAUUUUUUUUUACUCUUUUUUUUGGUGUACUGUUAUUCAAUUCCAUAACAUAUGAUGGCACCUCAAAGAAUAUGGCAGAUAAAGUAGGAAUAAUAGCUGUGGAGAUUAGAGGAGCUAUACUUCCACUGCAAUCUUUAUACUGCUCUGCUGAUUUUGAUCUCUCUCAUACUCUUGCGGCAUUCAGUAUUUAUUAUUUAUUUAUUUUUUUAAUUAAGUGCAUUUUAUUGAUUUGUGUACUUAUUGUGGAGUGUUUGUAUUAUGUUAAAAAUGUGUUUGAGUGAGUUGCUUUUGGCAAAAGUACACAAGAAGCAAUGUUACAUGUAAACAGAUAACAGUUUUUAAAUGUUUUCUUGACUGUGGAGAUAUGUACUAUUUUAAGAUGAUCCAGUUUGAUUAACUCAUUUCUUGAGCUUUAUUCGAAGAGAUCCACACUUUGCCAGAAACUAUAAAUUGUAAGAUACAAUUUUAUCUUGCAGUGUUCAAAGUCUAUACUGGAACAUUUCUUGUCAUUUAUCACUAUUACUGUAGUUUUGUUGGGAUCUAUUCAUAAAUUUGCACCAUGUUAUUUUGUGGAAAUCAAGCCACUCUGCGUGCGUGUGUGUGUGUGUGUGUGU